AAGUAAAAGCUGCUCUCACCUACAUGCACAUAGUAACCAGCAGCUCUGCAGUGACUCCUUCCUCCUGCAGCCUUCAUAUCUGAUCUCUUGCUAAAGACUAAAGACUUGUAAGCACCUCCUCCUGUGAUCAGCUGGAGAACACGUUGCAUGUCAAAGCGAAAGUGAAAGUCCCUCACUGAAGGGGAAAUAUUCGUCUGAGACAGACAUGAACGAGACAUUUCAAAGCAAUUAUCAAUCUAUUCCAGACAUGGACCAGGAAGGGCAGAUCGUGCCAUGGAAGAACUUCUUCGUCUACUUGACUGGAAAAACCAACGAUGCUCAUCUGGACUUUGUUGGAAAACUGGAAGACGUGGGCCAAAACGAGGUGAUCUCUCCUGAAGACAGUGACUACCUUCUGGUUUUCUGUCCCAUCACUUCACGAGUUGGAACAGACAUCGACGAGGCACUGCGCCACAUUCCAGUUGGUAAACGAGCAAUUCUGGUGGUGAUGCAUCACACCUUCAACCCUGAGCAUGUUGUAGCUGCGAGCAGCAGACAAGUGCAAAACCAGAUGGUCUUGCUCACUGUGGACUGUCUGUUCUAUAACGGCAACCUCCUGAAGUGUAACCGCAAUGACAUCGCGUGGCAUGAGAUCCAGAAGGUUUUGGGAGUUCCCCCUCCUCUGAGGUCUACCUGGUCCAAUUACUUCAUUCGUUGCAUUCGUUGCAUUCUUUCCAUUCAUUGGUGCAAGAAGAAUUGGAAGUGGCUUACUGCAGGAGGUAUAUUUUUGGGAUUUGCGAUCAUUCCGUUGAUUUGGAAUUCAAGAAUUUCAAGAGAAAUAGAAGUCACUAACAAAACAGAACCCAAAGGAAUCUAAAAGCUGUUUACAGUCUUGAUUCUUAAAUGUGUGAUGCAUGUUUAAUCAUUCAAACAGGACGAUAUUAUAUUAUUAGGUUGCAUAGUUCUGAUGUUAAGCUGAAGCAUAAUACACGAGAAAGUGAUGGAAGAAAUACACGUCUGCCUUAGACAUUAAAUAAGUGACUGCAUGUGGAAGAUAUGGUGGGAGAAAGUGAAAUGACUUCAUGUAAGUGAUGGAGGACAGAGUUGUUGAGUGCGGAUGUAACGCCGGGCUGCUGUAGAGUGUGUUAUGUUGGGAUGUGUGCGACUCAUAAUGAUUGCUGCUACUUUGUGCUCAUUAAAGUAUUAAAAUGAU